AUGGAUAAAGAUAACAAGGAGGACUUUACCUUCGGCCGUUCUUGCGAGCUUAAGGCUCCCGUUACCUUCAGGAUAUCUCAGCUCGAAGGUACAAGACACCCAAAGUCUUUCACCGAGAUCGUCGAGAAGCCAGAGCUGCGCUUUCAUGGGUUGCAGUCUCCCAAUUUAUCCGACCUAUACGUAACAUGUCAACUGGUGGCUGACAAUAAACCACUUACGAUACCGUUCCGAACAUCGUUCAAGGCUUUCAAGAAUGGCUACACAUGGAACGAAUGGAUCACGUUUCCUAUACGCUAUUGCGAUCUACCUCUGAGCUCGCAAGUCACAUUCACGGUCUGGGAUAUCGCUGGUCCGCGGACAGCUGUUCCAGUAGGCGGUUCCACAUUCCGUCUCUUCGGCAAGAAGUGGACGCUCCGACGCGGAAAGCAUCGACUCUUGCUAUGGCCCGACCGCGAGGCGGAUGGAUCCAACGAGACGGAGACGCCUAGCAAGUCAGGAAGUCAAGACGAGAUGGGUCGGUUGGAGAAGAUGGUCAAGAAACACGAGCGCGGAGAUCUGCCGCGGUCAGAAUGGCUUGACAAGCUUACCUUCCGUAAGAUGUCCGAGAUCCACGCCGCGGAGACCGAGAAGUCGAAUAACCUCUAUCUCUACAUCGACCUCCCGCGGUUCGACUUCCCGGUUAUAUUCAGUGAACCUCAAGAGCCCAUUGCAUCAACGUCUGCGGCACCACCCGCUCUCGCCGCGCCACCCGCCCCAGGACAAGCACUCUCAACAUCACUGACGACGGACCCAUAUCUGUGGAACAUACUCGACCCUGAUGCCCCUCGAGACAAUCCUGUAGAAGACAAGCAUCGUCGAUUGGUUCGAAGUCACCGGAGCAGUCCUUAUGACCGUGAUCUCAAGCCUAAUAUCAAGAUUCGUGAUGAGCUUGCUACUAUAUUGAGCUAUCCGCCAACGCAAUCCUUGACUUCGGAGGAGAAAGAUCUUAUAUGGAAGUUUAGGUUCUACCUUGUGCGCGAGAGGCGUGCACUCACCAAGUUUCUCAAGUCCGUUACUUGGCGAGAUCCUACCGAGGUGCGGCAAGCUGUCGAAGACCUACUGCCGAUGUGGUCGGAGAUCGACAUGGACGACGCACUGGAGCUAUUAGGACCAGCCACGCAAGAUGCACGUGUACGUGCUUUCGCCGUGCGACAAUUAGCGCGAGCGGACGACGACGAACUUCAACUAUAUCUCUUGCAAUUGGUGCAGGCGCUGAAGUUCGAGCCCGCUGCAAGCGAGACUCGCUCUGCGCGGAGUAGUGCGAACGCGCUAAGUUACGAGGACAGCGGUCUUGCUGACUUUCUGGUGGCACGUGCUGUUCAGAACUUCAUUCUUGGCAAUAGCCUCUACUGGUACCUCGUGGUCGAGCUCGCGUUGCAAAAAGACGACCGUGCCAUCAAUAAGAUGUACUACAAGGUUAUGUUCAAGUUCCAGGAGCAGCUAGAACUCAGCACGGACGAGAGCGUGAAGCAACGGCGCGAUGUCAUGAAGCGUCAGGGUGAACUCGUCGCCCUGCUUGCGAAGCGCGCACAUGAGCUCAGGCUUAGCAAAGACCCGCGACAGAAGAAGAUCGAGAAGUUGCGCGCCUUCCUCGCCGAUCCAAAGACCGGCCUGGUAGGCAUGGCCCCUCUACCUUUACCGCUCAACGCGACCGCCGUCAUCAAUGGGAUAGUGGUCGAGGGCAGCUCUGUCUUUAGCUCGAACAUGUACCCUUUGCUCCUACGAUUCACCACCGCCGAUGGUGGCGAAUUCCCUGUCAUCUUCAAGGACGGCGACGACCUGCGCCAGGACCAGCUCGUUAUUCAACUAUUCACGCUUAUGCAUCGUCUCAUGCGGCGCGAGAAUCUGGACCUUCGUCUCAUCCCGUACAACGUUCUUGCGACUGGGCCGACACAGGGAAUGGUGCAGUUCAUUCCAAGCAAGGCAAUACGGGUGAUCGUAGAGGAGCACGGGACGCUGCUCAACUACUUCCGGGCACACGCUCCGGACGAAGGGAGCGUGGGUACAUAUGGCAUAGAGGCCGGCGUUAUCGAUACAUUUGUGCGCAGCUGCGCGGGAUACUGCGUUGUUACCUACCUGCUCGGUGUCGGCGACAGGCAUCUUGAUAAUCUACUGGUCGCUCCGGACGGCCAUUUCUUCCACGUCGACUUCGGCUAUAUUCUAGGGAAGGACCCGAAACCGUUCCCACCGGAAGUGAAGGUCUGCCAGGAGAUGGUUGAUGGCAUGGGCGGCGCGGCGAGUCCGCACUAUGUGCGCUUCAAGUCAUACUGCUUCACAGGCUUCUCGAUCCUGCGCAAGAGCGCCAACCUGCUCUUAAACUUGCUCAGCCUGAUGGCCGACGCGCGCAUCCAGGAUAUUGCAGACCGCAACGUUUGCGAGAUUCUCAUGGAGAAAUUUAUGCUCAGCGUGAGCGAGGAGGACGCCAUGGGCCACUUCGAGCGUCUACUGGAGGAAGAGUCCUACUUCGUGAAGGCUAGACCUUGGAGCAUCGGUCAGGAGACUGUAGGCUGCCACGAGGACGAACGGGAUUCUGUAUGCAACCAUAUUCUUUGUGCCUGGCUGCUGUAG